UUUUCCUUUUCUUCAAAUUUCCACACUCUUUCCCUCAUCACCAUAUAAAUACCCACCCCCUCUUCUAUCUUCAUUGUCCUCACAACUCACAAACAAAACAUCAUCAUCCUCUCUCUCUCUCUUUAUCUGGCUUCUUAAAAAUGGUUGAUUUAGACUGGAAAUCAAAGAUGGUCAGCUCAACUAUAUCUCCCAACUCCCCCAAACUCUCUCUCCCCGAUAAAACCAUACCAACUUUUAAAUUACCCCUUCGCAUAAACGACAUCUCGUCAGCGUCGUCCCAAGUUUGCUCUGCUUACGAGAACUAUCUUCGCCUUCCUCACCUCAGAAACCUAUGGGCCUCCAACGAUUUUCCCAAUUGGACCAACGAGCCCAUCUUAAAGCCCGCCUUGCAAGCUCUCGAGAUCACUUUCAGGCUCCUCGCGACCGUUUCCUCCGACCCCAGACCCUACGCGAACCGGCGCGAGUGGACCCGCCGGGUCGAGUCGCUCGCCGCGGCCCAGGUCCACAUCAUAGCCAUGCUCUGCGAAGACGAGGAACAGAACCCCGAGACACGUGGCAAGGCACCAGUUAGUGACCUCAACAGCAUCAACCACAGCCAGAGCAGAAGCUACAGCGAGACCAGCUUGCUCCCCCGCCUUGCCACGUGGCAAAAAUCCAAGGACGUGGCUCAGAGGAUCCUUUGCUCCGUGGAAUGCGAGAUGAUGAGGUGUCCGUACACGUUGGGUUUGGGUGAGGCGAAUCUCGCCGGAAAGCCUGUACUCAUGUACGACGCCGUUUGCAGGCCGAACGAGAUACACUCACUGCAGACGACGCCGUACGAUCACGUCGGUAACUACGAGAACCGGACGCUCCACGCGACGCACCAGAUCGUGGAAUCUUGGGCACGCGCCUCGCGCCGGUUGUUGGAGAGGGUGACGGAGGCGAUGGAGAGUAGAAGCUUCGAGAAGGCGGCGAGUGACUGCUACGCGGUGGAGCGGAUCUGGAAGUUUCUGGCGGAUGUUGAAGACAUGCACCUGAUGAUGGAUCCGGAGGAUUUGCUGAGGCUGAAGAAGCAGCUCGGGAUCAGAUCUUGGGCGGAGACGGUGCCGUUUUGCUUCCGAUCGAAGGAGCUGGUGGAGAUUACGAGGGUGUGCAGGGAUCUGAAGCACAAGGUGCCGGAGAUCUUGGAGGUGGAGGUAGACCCCAAAGGUGGGCCCAGGAUCAUGGAAGCGGCGAUGAAGGUGUACGCAGAUAAGAGGAGUGGGUUCGAGAGGGUUCACGUGCUUCAGGCGAUGCAGGCGAUUGAGUCUGCGAUGAAGAGAUUCUUCUACGCGUACAAGCAGGUGGUGACGGUGGCCAUGGGAAGCUCCGAGGCCAAUGGGAAUCAUUCUGACUCGGGUGACUCGUUGAGUCACAUAUUCCUUGAACCCACCUAUUUCCCUAGCUUGGAUGCAGCAAAGACAUUUCUCGGAUAUUAUUGGGAAAAUAAUGAAAAUGCAAUUCCUUCGUAAUUCACUUUAAUUGAUACUACUUAAGUGAUACAAAGACAAAAAAAGAAAAGAAAAAAAGAAAAAUUAAACUAUUCUUUCCUUCAUUUUCGGGAUGUGGAUUGAAUUUUUGGGACAGCUUGUUGUAAACAAUCUUUGUCUGUUAAAUAUUUAAUCAUGUUUCGGAUCAUAUCCUUCCACUUAAUUCC